AUGAACUCCAUCCAGGGAGACAUCGAGCAUAAGGACACCACAACUCGCAUAAAUGCUGAACUGGAACUCCUUCCAGACAGAUACGGCUGGCCUCGACAAAGUGUUAGUGGAUAUCGCAUAAAGGAGCAGCUCUCUGGCACAGAACGACCGAUCAGAAUCAUUCAUCUCGGAGCAGGUGCCUCUGGGAUCUGCUUCUCGAAAUUUGCGGUAGAGGCAUUAAACAACGUAGAGUGGAUAUGUUACGAUAAAAACCCCGAUAUUGGGGGCACGUGGUUGGAGAAUAGACCUUACCAUUUCAAGUUCACAUGGGCACGAAAGCCUGACUGGUCGCAUUUCUACUCAUACUCUGAGGAGAUUUGGCAGUAUUUCGCAGAUAUUGUGAAGAGAUUUCAGCUUCGCAAGUAUAUGAAAUUAAAGCAUGAGAUCAUCGAUGCCAGUUGGGACGAAGACAACGCGAAGUGGAAAGUCCGCAUUAAAAACUUGGUGACAGAUGAGGUAUUCGUUGAUCAAGCUGACAUCUUCAUCAACGGUGGAGGCGUUCUAAACAAUUGGAAGUGGCCAGAAAUCGAAGGGCUCCAUAAUUUUGAAGGCAUACUUUGUCACACAGCCAAUUAUCCGGUAGGCACUGCGUUGGACGACAAAAGGGUCGCUGUGAUAGGAAUUGGAAGCAGCGGAAUUCAAGUCACAGCAAAUAUUGCAAGCAAAGUCAAGAAAUUGUAUACCUGGGUUCGCUCACCAACUUGGAUUACCGCUGGAUUUGCUCAGGAAUAUGCUGGUCCCGAUGGCGGAAAUUUUGCAUAUACGCCCAAACAGAAACAGGGCUUCGCCGAGAAUUUUUCAGACUAUGUGGCAUAUACAAAAGCUAUUGAAGACGAACUGAACCAAAGAUUUAAGUUCAUCUUGACUGGAACACCUGAAGCAAAAGAAGCAAUGGAAUUUUCUACACGUCAAAUGCACGAUAAGCUUGAUGGUCGUGAAGAGUUGAUCGACAUGAUCGUUCCUACUACAUUCGGUGUAGGCUGCAGACGACCGACACCAGGAAAUGGGUUCUUGGAAGCAUUGACCCUUCCACACGUCACGAUUUUCAAUAAAGAGAUGCAAAGGAUUACAUCGACGGGAUUCGUCGAUCAAGAUGGACGGGAACACGAAGUCGAUGUUAUCAUCUGUGCCACAGGGUUCAAUACAUCAUGGGUACCUCGGUUCCCCAUAGUGGCGAAAGGCAAGAAUGUUCAGGACAUCCAGAAGGAUAAGCCGAUAUCAUACUUAUCAAUAGGUAUCCCCGAAAUACCGAACUACUGGACUGUUACUGGUGCUUAUGGGCCAUUGGGUCACGGUUCAUUCUUGCCUAUAAUCGAGCUUCUCAUGCGUCACUUCAUUCAAGUCAUCAAGAAAAUCCAAACUGAAAAUAUUGCGGCGAUGGCUCCACGGCGAGCUGUUUGCGAUGCAUUCAUGGACCAUGCAAGUCUUUUCCUCAAACGUACCGCGUGGGCUUCGGGAUGUCGUAGCUGGUUCAAGCAGGGCAAAGAGGACGGCCCUUUGGCUAUGUGGCCUGGUUCGAGGCUUCUCUAUUUUGAGUUAUUGGCCAAACCACGUUAUGAGGACUAUGAUGUCCAGUAUCAAAGCGGCAACCCAUUUGGAUUCUUAGGUAAUGGUUUUACGACACGAGAGUACGAUGGACGGGACCUGUCCUAUUACCUUGGGACAAAAGACGCACUUGGGGCACUGAUUCCCUCUGACAGCACCUGUGGGACGCAGCAUGUUCAUGACGUGGCCAACAGUGGCACCAGUAUAAAUGGAGCGAACGGUAUCGAUGGCACAAUGAAUGGCGCUAAUAGCAAGGAGACAUGCGUAUCUAGAUAG